UCUCACAGUUGCCCCCUCCUCUGCCUAUUCACCAUUUUCUCUCCUCUGUUUGGUAGAAAGCAGAGGAAAAGAAAAGAAGGGAAAAGAAAAGAAAAAGAAAAAAAAAAAAAAAAUAGAAAUAGAAAACAAAAGGGGGAAAUGGUGGGAGGGAAUCUGAAGAGGCACUCGUCUGCUUGGCCACUCAGAGUCGACAAUGGAGCUUGAAAUGAGAGAUCCAAAUCUCGUUCACAGUUAGCGUUCCCUCAAUGGCGUCAACGACAGUAGCAGCUGAGCCAAAUCCAGAAGUGUUUUCAUGGUUGAAAACCCUGCCUCUGGCUCCAGAGUACCACCCAACCCUAGCCGAGUUUCAAGAUCCUAUCUCCUACAUUUUCAAGAUCGAGAAAGAGGCCUCCAGGUAUGGAAUCUGCAAAAUCGUGCCUCCGGUACCUCCGCCGCCGAAGAAGACUGCAAUUGCAAACCUGACCCGCUCUUUGGCGAAUCGUGCUGCGAGCUCCAACCCUAAAUCCGCUCCCACAUUCACCACUCGGCAGCAGCAGGUCGGGUUCUGCCCCCGGAAGCCCCGGCCGGUGAAGAAACCGGUGUGGCAGAGCGGCGAAUACUACACAUUUCAGGAAUUUGAGGCCAAAGCUAGGGCGUUCGAGAAGAAUUACUUGAAGAAGAGCUCAAAAAAGCCACUUUCGGCUCUGGAAAUCGAAACCCUUUUCUGGAAGGCUUCUGUGGACAAACCCUUUUCCGUUGAAUAUGCGAAUGACAUGCCUGGUUCGGCGUUUGUGCCGGUUAGUUCUAAGAAGUGGCGCGAAGCAGGGGAGGCAGUGACUGUAGGUGAGACUGCGUGGAAUAUGAGGGGGAUUUCUAGGGCAAAGGGGUCAUUAUUGAGGUUCAUGAAGGAGGAGAUACCAGGAGUCACUUCACCUAUGGUGUAUGUUGCAAUGAUGUUCAGCUGGUUUGCUUGGCAUGUGGAGGAUCAUGAUUUGCACAGUUUGAACUAUUUGCAUAUGGGAGCGGGAAAGACAUGGUAUGGUGUGCCUAGGGAAGCUGCAGUUGCUUUUGAGGAAGUGGUUAGGGUUCAUGGUUAUGGAGGAGAGAUCAAUCCUCUGGUCACUUUUGCAGUUCUUGGUGAGAAGACCACUGUCAUGUCACCUGAAGUAUUUGUUAGUGCAGGGAUUCCAUGCUGCAGGUUGGUACAAAACCCUGGAGAGUUCGUUGUCACUUUCCCAAGAGCCUACCAUUCAGGCUUCAGCCAUGGGUUUAAUUGUGGGGAGGCAGCAAAUAUUGCCACUCCUGAAUGGUUGAGGGUUGCAAAAGAUGCUGCAAUUCGUAGAGCUUCAAUCAAUUAUCCUCCCAUGGUGUCUCAUUUCCAGUUGCUUUAUGAUCUUGCAUUAGCAUUAUGUUCAAGGAUCCCCAUGAGCAUAAGUGUUGAACCACGGAGUUCUCGACUCAAGGAUAAGAAGAGGGGUGAAGGAGAAACAGUGGUCAAGGAGCUGUUUGUGCAGAAUAUAAUGCAAAACAAUGACCUGCUUCAUAUUCUUGGAAAGGGGUCCUCAAUUGUACUUCUUCCCAAAAGAUCUUCUGAUAUCUCUGUUUGCCCAAAUUUACGUGUUGGAUCUUCAUCAAGGGUAAAACCUAGGUUAUCCCUUGGUUUAUGCAAUCUGGAGGAAGCAAUGAAAACCUCAAAAAGUAUAGUAUCUGAUGAUAGUGACAUGGGAAUGAAUCAUGACUUUGAGCACUUGAGGGGUUUCUAUUCAGUGAAAGGAAAAUUUGCUUCUUCAUGUGAUAGGGACAAGCUCCAUUUAUCACAUGGAAAUGAUAAUGGCAGUGCUUUGACUUCUCAGACACAAAACAUGGAGACUAAAAUUGAAAGUAUCUCUCAUGGGGAUGGGUUGUCAGAUCAAGCAUUAUUUUCAUGUGUCACAUGUGGGAUUUUGAGUUUUGCUUGCGUUGCUUUGAUUCAACCAAGAGAAGCAGCAGCAAGAUACCUAAUGUCAGCUGAUUGUAGCUUCUUUAACGAUUGGAUUGUUGGUUCUGGUCCUUCUGGAGUGGCAAAUGAGGAUUUCACUGGUGUCAGUGGGGAUGUGCACAAUUCUGAGCUGAAUUCCUGUUCAGGAUGGAUGAGAAAGCGGGUUCCAAAUGCUUUAUUUGAUGUCCCUAUUCAGUCUGCUAAUUAUCAGAUUCAAACGGCAGAUCAAAAUAAUGAAGUGGUUUCAAAUACUGAAACACAGGAAAACACUUCUGCUCUUGGUCUAUUAGCCUUAACUUAUGCCAAUUCGUCUGAUUCCGAGGAAGAUCAGCUUGAGCCAGAUAUUCCUGUCUAUACUGAUGAAAUUAGCCCAAGAAACUGUUUGUUGGGCAAAUUUCAAUGUGAUAAUAAUGGAUUGCCUUCUAUUAAGCGGGACCAUUAUGCUGGUGCAACCAGGGGUGAGAGUCUCUCUUUUUCAAGGCUUGUUUGUGGGGAUGAAGUUCCUCUGCAGAUUGUUGAUUCUUAUGCAAAUAAUAUACAUGAAAGAUCAAAUUUCAAGGACAGAAGUCAUCAUGCUUCUGAUUGUUCUGUGGAGUUGGAAGCAGAUAAUCUUGCUUCUACUGAAUCAAAUAGUUCAGAAGGUAUAUUUAGAGAUCCAUUAGCCAUUCAUGGCCACUUCCAAUAUUCCCCAGUUGGCCAUGAUGCUGAAAGAGCAAAGUUUAGCAAUGCCAUUGUCCCAGUAGAGAAUACAAACAUGUCAUUUGCUCCAAGAUCUGAUGAAGAUUAUUCUAGAAUUCAUGUCUUCUGUCUUGAGCAUGCUGUAGAAGUAGAGCAGCAACUUCGUCCAAUAGGUGGAGUGAAUAUGUUGCUACUUUGCCAUCCAGAUUAUCCAAUGGAGGCUGAAGCAAAAUUAGUGGCAGAAGAUCUUGGAAUAGAUCUCUGGAAUGAUUUGUACAGAGAUGCAACUAAAGAGGAUGGUGAGAUGAUUCAAUCAGCUUUGGAUAGUGAGGAAUGCAUACCUGGAAAUGGCGACUGGGCUGUAAAGUUGGGUGUCAAUCUCUAUUACAGUGCUAAUCUGAGCCGCUCUCCUCUCUAUAUUAAGCAGAUGCCAUACAACUCUGUUAUAUACAAUGUAUUUGGGCGCAGUUCGGACUCAUCCACAGCACCUGAUGUUUAUGGGAGAGGGCCUGGCAAGCAGAAAAAGAUUGUAGUGGCAGGGAAAUGGUGUGGGAAAGUUUGGAUGUCAAAUCAAGUUCAUCCCUUAGCACAAAAGGAUCCUGAAGAACAAGAGGAAGAUAGAAACUUCCAUGUUUGGGUAAAAAAGCCUGAUGAGAAGCCUGAGAGAAAAUCAGAAAGUAGCCGGAAAGCUGAAACAAGCUCUGCACCCAGAAAGUCUGGUAGGAAGAGGAAAAUGAUGGUAGAGAAUGGAUCAACUAAGAAAGCCAAUCGUCCAGAGAGAGAAGAUCCGGUUAGUGAUUCAGAUGAUGCACCGGAUGAUAAUUCUCAUCAGCAGCGGACAAGGAUUCUUAGAAGCAAGCAAGUGAAACAAGAGACUCCUCGGCGUCGGAACAGUUGUGAGCAAAGCGCCAGAGAGUUUGAUUCUUAUGUUGAAGAUGAGCUGGAAGGUGGACCAAGCACACGCCUCCGGAGGAGAAACCCAAAACCUCCCAAAGAGUUGGAAGCCAAACCAGUAGUAAAGAAGCAAACAGGUAGGAGAAAGGUGAAGAAAACUCCUGUCCUGAAGGCUCCAGCUAGCUUUAAGAUGAGGGAGGAGGAAGAAUACCAAAGUGACUCAGAAGUAGGUGCCAAGAACAUAUCAGGUAGGAAAAAGGCAAAGAAAGCUCCAGCAGCCAAGGCACCAGGCAACCACAACAAUGCAAAGAUACAAGACGAGGAAGAAGAGUACCAGUGUGACAUGGAAGGGUGCACCAUGAGUUUCAGCUCGAAGCCAGAGCUGGCAUUGCAUAAGAACAUCUGUCCAGUGAAGGGGUGUGGAAAGAAGUUCUUCUCGCACAAAUACUUAGUGCAGCCGCGAGUCCACAUUGAUGAUCGUCCCCUCAAGUGUCCCUGGAAGGGCUGCAAGAUGACAUAGUGGGCGUGGGCUAGGACAGAGCACAUCAGGGUUCACACAGGCGCCCGGCCUUACAUUUCCGAGGCAGGCUGUGGGCAAACGUUCAGAUUUGUAUCCGACUUCAGUCGUCACAAGCGGAAGACUGGUCAUUCUGCAAAGAAGGCCAGAGGAUAAAAGUUUGAAAGAAAAAC